CUUGAUUGUUGCUAAUCCGCACUCUUGGUGGCUCAAGUGUCCCACUCAAGGCGCACAGGUUCGUGGUCGAUACAAUCGAUCAGGUGACGCAUAUGGUCAUCGUUCGCUACCAGUCGCCCGGGAGGCUCGCCAAGCGGAGUUGUCAAAGCGACUGCUCAGAGCCUGAUGAGGAUCAGGCCUCCACGCCGCGGGAGAAGUAUUUCGAGAACCCCCGCCUUCAAGACGAGGAGCGUGGCGUGCCGAGCCUCCACCGCGGGUGGCGCACGCCGGACCCCUCGCCGCUGCGCAACGAAGGAGAGCCGCUGCCGCGUUGCAAGCCCGCCAUGUGGGUAGCGGACGCGGUGCCCGACGAGGCGCUGAGGGGGAGCCAGAUCCGCGACUGCAACCCGGCACCGUUCAGCACCGGGGCGACGUCCGCCUGGUCGCGCAUCCGCACGCCCUCCCCGGAGGUGGCCUACCGCCCUUCGGAGGAGAGGCGCGCCCAGGAGGCCAUCGUGCACGCCCAGCUUCAGUUCCACGAUGUCCCAGUCACCGAGAACAACUUCGAGUCUCAGCAGGUGAUGUUCGCUUGUAUACCCUGCGACAUUGACGGCAUGCUGCCAUCAAAGGGAUCGCUGGGACAUCCAAACUCGUGCGGAGAGGCGUGCAAGUACGCGUGCAAGCCGCGCGGCUGCAAGGACGGCCUCGCCUGCGACCGGUGCCACCUCUGCGACUGGAAGCGGAAGCCCGCCGUGCUGCCCCCGCCCCGCCCCAUGGCCCAGCGGAAGGGCGGGACCAGGAGGAGGCGCUUGCAGUCCCAGACGGCGGUGUGAGCGCCGUGAAGCGGCCCGGCGCAGCUGUGCCGGCCAGACCCGCGUUGCACCCCGUGGCAAGGCAGGAGUGAGCCAGGAGUGUACACGCGGGGGAAGAGGGACUGGAUCAGGGACACGCGGCGAUCUCAGUGCCCAGCCUGGUUGGAGACUGGAAUAGAAUCCAUCCGCCGUUCCCGUACGGGACUGGAUCGUGGGGACACGCGAUGAUACCAGAACGCAGCGCGAGGAGUAGUUUGAAAUAUAGCCUUCCCGCUGCGCCUGUGUCAUCAGCUUGUAUUUUCGACGGCGGCCUUCUCACCAGUCAGCAGAGAGGGUGUGAAUUGCAGCGGCGGUUGACCGCAGAUGGUCUUCCGCCAUGCUUCCUGCCAGAAGAGUAGGGACGAUGAAAGCACAGGGCAUUCGAGGGAGGAGUUGUACUGAUGGCGCCAGCUCUGGUCACCUCUUCCCUGGAUGCUCGUGCCUAGCCGCACUAGCCCCGGGUGGCACCAAUGUCAGUCGCCGCUACAGGCCCGUAUUAGCUCCCGUCUGGCGCCAUUAGCCGUCCGUUGGCGCUUUGUUCACUAGUAGCCGUUGCCUGGACACACUGGCAUUGGGUGGCGCCAGUGCCAGUUGCGGCCGCCUCUGGCCCCUACGAUCCCCUGCUUGAGAAGCUCCACUAGCUCUGGGCAGGGUCAACGCUGGUUGCUACUGCUAGUCCCUGGCGAAUCCCAUUUGCCCUGGGUGGCGCCGACGCUGGUUGCCACCACUUCGGGCUGCUGCUAAUCUUAGUUCAGCCCCAUUCGCCAGGAGUAGUGCCAGCUCUGGUUGUCACCACUGUUCUUUACUGGCCCCUGCCUAGCGCCGUCGAGCACUGCAUGGUGGGACACGCUGCC